AUGGCCACUGCACAAAGACUUCUCAUCACUAUGUCCUGCGAAGCCAGCGUUCACCGGACGUUGCCUGCUUUCGUUCUCCUGGGUUUUCUAGCUGGGAUUGCUUCAACACAUCCAGUUGUAAGCAGAACUAAUGGCACAUUGCUGGAAAGAGGAUGGCAAUCUCUGUUGUCCAGGUCCAUUGCUGGGAUGUCAGGGGAGAAGUCAGAUGUGAACUGGGAGAGUGACUAUUUGCUAGGAAUCAAGAGGCAGCGGAGGCUUUACUGCAACGUGGGCAUCGGGUUUCACCUUCAAAUCCUCCCAGACGGAAGGAUAAGCGGAGUUCACAAUGAAAACCAAUACAGUCUCUUUGAAAUAUCCACUGUAGAGAGAGGUGUUGUUAGCCUGUUUGGUGUGAAAAGUGCUCUCUUCAUUGCAAUGAACAACAAGGGGAAGUUAUAUGGAACAGCUGUUUUCCAAGAUGAGUGCAAAUUCAGAGAAACCUUGCUGCCCAAUAACUACAAUGCAUAUGAAUCAAAUGCUUACAGUGGGGCUUACAUAGCACUCAGCAAACAUGGGAGAGUGAAGAGAGGAAACAAGGUUUCUCCUGCUAUGACUGUGACCCACUUUUUACCAAGAAUAUGA